GUUUGAAAUAUAAUAUAAGUAGCCAUGGCAAAUUCAAAGGCAGUAGAAAUGGGGAAGGAGCUCUACUUAGCGGCCGCGAAUGGUGAUGUAGAGUUCCUUGGAGAAGGCAAGAGUAAUGAGUAUUUACUUAGGAAAACCUACGAAAAAAAUAACAUCAUUCACAUAGCAAUUCGACAUGAACAACAUGAUUUCAUAGAAGCAUGUCUAGAAAAAUUUACCAUUAAUGAGAUAAUUUGUGGGAAUUCCAAAGAAAACAACCCUCUUCAUAUUGCUGCUGAGGUAGGUAAUUUAUUGAUAAUGAGCUUACUUUAUGAUUAUAUAGAGGAGAGGAUUGCAGGGUAUGUAGGUGAGAAACCUUGGAAAGUCCAAAACUUGAGAGGAAAUACUCCUCUUCAUGUUGCAAUUAUCCAUGAGAAUGUCAAUAUUGGUAAAUUUUUGUUGGAGAAAGAUCCUUCUUUAGCUUGUAUUGUCAACAAGUCAAAGGAAGCACCACUUCAUCUUGCAAUCAAACAACAUGUUAAUUAUACUGUGAGUGAAUCAAUAAUGUCUCGAGUACAACAACCACUCGACGAAGGAGGAGCAGCUCUAACAAUCCGAUCAGCACCCCAAGAAGAUAUGUCAGUUAUGAUAAAACUUCUUGUUGAGAAGGCGAGCAAUGUUACAUGUUUUCCUGAUGCAAAAGGAUUGACUCCUCUUCACAGAGUAGCAACACUCAUCACACCUUAUAAUAUACAGUUUACAAAAUUAAUACUUGAUAAUUGCCCGCAAUCUGCGGAGGUGUGUGAUAAUACUGGCAAGUCCAUCUUACACCUUUUGAUUAAUAAAAUCCCAAACUACCAUGAAACAUUAAAUUUGCUUAAUCGUAAGGAGAUGUAUGCCUUGAGAAAUCAUCAGGAUCACCAUGGAAAUACACCAUUACAUGUUGCUGCAAAGAAUAUGGACAUAAAUAUGGUGCGAUUUUUACUUGAAUCCUCGGCGAAACUCAACAUCAAUAAUAUGGAGGGUAUCUCAGCGGCUUCUGCUAUACAACAACAAGAUGUGCUUCAGAUGCUAAGAAAACGAAUAUUGACGAGGGAGGAAAUUGAAGCAACAGACAAAGCAAACAUAAUCAUUCUAAGGGAAAGAAUGAGCAAAUUAGGAAUGGAUUUCUUACUCUCACAAGAUUCAAAGGGAAAAAACAUCCUUCAUAGAAUAAUGCUGAUUAAAAAGGAAAGUCGUGUAAUGCUAGACGACUUUGUGAAUUUCGUUGAAGAAGCACUUGAAAGUUUUCCAUCACUUAUUCGUCAAACAGACAGUAAAGGGGAUACUCCGAUUCAUAUCCUUGUGCGAAAUCAUCCUGAUACCACAAUCUAUGUUGCUUCAGGAGAUCAAGAUAACGCGCAAAAUAAUGAUACUGAUGGUAACCCUAAUUAUGUUUUCUCAACAUUGUGGCAAUCAAAUCUUUUGCCAUUGUUGCUAGAGAAAUGCAAUCAGUGUAUCCUUAAACUUGAAAACGAGGCUAGUGUCAAGGGAGCUCGUUUCGAUUCACCAUGGUUGAUGCAAAAUGAGGAUGGUAAUACGGCUCUCCAUGAAGCACUCAAAUCGAAUAAAAACAUUGAUUUGGUGAAACGAUUGUUAACGUAUGAUCAGAGAUCGGUUAGUGUGGUCAAUAAAAAUAAAGAGACACCUCUUCAUCUUUUCGCUAGCCGUCCAAUAGGCAUAGAGCAAUUUAAGCGAGAAGACAUUAAGGCAAUGGUGGAUGCUAAUGUCCAAGCGGCCUAUUCGCCCGACAACAAUGGUCUCACCCCCCUAAUAAGAGCGAUAAAAGCUGGUAACUAUUCCGCGGCUGCAGUGUUAUGCAAAGCUUCUCCGGAAGCAGCAAAAUCCGGUGACGAGAAUUGCCAAACAUACGGGCACCUCAUUGUAAAACAUCCAUCAGAAUACUAUUUUGCUCGCCUUUUUCAAGAUAAGGAAUUAAGAGAUUUGUUAGAGUUGAAGGACUCGAAUGGAAACACACCAUUGCAUCUGGCAAUCAUAGAUAACCGGUUCGACCUCGUACUAUUUUUCCUUGAAUUUUGGAAAGAAGAACGUAAGUUGUCAAAGGUGAAGGUUGAAUGGGUAUCGAAACUUUUAGAAAUACAUAAUAAAGCUGGGAAAACUCCCAACGAUCUGAUAGCAGAAUUGCCCAGUCUUCCUUCCAAAAUCAAGAAGAGCAUUCUGGAUGAAAAAGAAAUGGUAGGUGUUCUUAGCACAUGGGGCAUUCCUUCAACAGAAAUAAAAACCUAUGUGAACACAAUAGGUAUUAUAGCGGCUCUUUUGACGACGAUAACAUUCACAACAGCAUUCACAGUUCCUGGUGGGCUUCUCGAAAAUAUUGGGACACCAGUUCUAAUAAAAAAGAUAGCGUUUCAGUUUUUUAUGGUAUUAGACAUAUUAUCAAUGUGCUUAUCAAUGAUGGUUUUAUGUUGUCUCCUUUGGAUCAUGGCUACAAACAACCGGAAGAAUUCAGUGAUGAUACUCGAUUUUAGCGUAACGUUGGUCCUAGCAUCAUUUUGCACAACUCUUUUGACAUUCAUGGCGGGUUUGUGUGCAACUACCUUGCCGGUUAAAGCCUGGAUGGCUUACGUUACUUUGGGUCUAUGCACUUUGCUUAUUUUGCUAGUUUACAAAGAUGUCAUCAUCAAUGUGCUUAUCCCUUCUAAAAAUGCUAUAGUGAUUUUUGUAUGCAAUUUUUUGUGCUCUUCUUGUGUAUCGCGCUCAAAUACGAACCCAAUCAGCAGUCGAGCGAUAGUAGGUGCUGAUCUACAGCUCCCUCGCCAAGGUUCUAUUUUUAAUGUUUAAGUAACAAGUUUAUGUAGACAUGCACGUAUUGUAUUGCUAUUCAAUUGUAACAAAUGUUUGCCUUUUUCAAUUAAUAAGACGAGUGCUUUAUUUUAAAUUA